CUCACUCACUUCGGCUGCAGCACUGCUGCUAUUGCUGCGCGUCUGGGCACCCCGAUCCUUUGCACAGCUGCAGAGAGAACACGCAGUGCAAUGAUUGAACUGGGCUCAGUGGAGGAGGGCAGCAGUCUGAUAGACGAGCUAAUGGAGUUGACAUCUCAGAGCUUAUGUCAGCUCGAGAUUAAAGAACAUUUCAACAUCAUUAAAGAAAUUGGCCGUGGCAAGUAUGGCCAUGUGCUGCUAGUCACCCACCGCUGCAAAGGGACUCCAAUGGCUCUGAAAGUGCUGCCCAAAGCCUCGACCAAACUGCAGGGCUUCCUGAGAGAAUACUGCAUCUCCUUGCAUCUGUCUUGCCACCCCUGCAUUGUGGGCUUGUUUGGGAUCGCUUUCCAGUCCAAUGAGCACUACGGAUUCGCCCAGGAGCUCGUCACAGGACGGGACCUGUUCGCCAUCAUCCAGCCACGGGUGGGCAUCCCUGAAUGCGCAGUGAAGCGUUGUGCCGUUCAGAUCUCCUGUGCUCUAGAGUUCAUCCACCAGCGUGGCCUGGUCCACCGUGACAUCAAGCCUGAGAACAUACUGCUGCUGGACACCCACUGCCGGCGAGUCAAACUAGCUGACUUCGGCCUCACCCAGAGACAAGGAACCUUCAUCCGCUUCAUAUCAGGCACGCUGCCGUAUAUGGCUCCAGAGCUGUGCGCCAUGGUCUUGGAGGAAGGACAGAAGGAGGUGAAAGUCCCUCCGCUCAGAGUGGAGCCCACUUUAGACACCUGGGCCUUUGCUGUUCUUCUUUUCUGUAUCCUCACGGGCUUCUUCCCCUGGGAGCGCUGCAACGACAGCGAUGAUUUCUACGAGGAGUUUGCAGACUGGCGCAGAGGUCCGGCGCAGGCCCCCGUGCCAUCUCAAUGGAAAAGGUUCACACCCGUGUGUAUGCAGAUGUUCAGGAGGAUGUUAGCGCUGGAUGCCAGUGAGAGGUGCUCGAUAGGGGAGGUCAAAGGCUAUGUGGGUAAAGACUGGGUACGAGCAAAGGAUGCCAACGGAUGGGUGGGAGAAAAUGGGGAGGUCAGCACGUCCACACCGAGCCCCUGCAGAAGCAGCCAGAGUAAUGAACAGUGACGGUGUUGUAUGACAAAUUAGCUAUCAGAAUGUGGUGCUAAUUGCAAUGCAGACAGCUGAUUGGUGGGAUGAAUUGACAUCAUUAGAGGUGUUGAUAUAGAUAUUGCUUCUCCGAAGUAACAUAUCUCAAAGAGUAAAGAGGAAGACACUCAUUUGCCACAGACAGUAUUGAAUUAUAGCAGGUUAAAUACAGUUAAUGCUGCAUUAGCUGCAAUUGUGGCAUGCUAUAACUAACACUGAAAUAAUUAAUUGUCUAUAUACAGACAUAUAUAUAUAUAUAUAUAUAUAUAUCAUGAUGAUUGAUUCAAGCUAUAACAUAAUAGAUGUAAUAUAUACUGUAUGUUUAUUUGACCUUAUUAAGCUUGUUAGCAAAACACUUUUCUACAGUAUCUGAUGCACACAUGGUUAGUGUGAUUUAUGUGAAAUUGUAGUAAAAUGUUCUUGAAAUCUGUUUCUACUAAUAGUAAGGGCAGAGGAAGCAGAGACACAAGACACCAUCUUGUUCAAAACCUCCAAAAUGUUUUGUCAGUGUUAUUUAAAUAAUAUGUUUAAUAUCAGGGACAAAAUCUGACAACAAUGGCAUCACAAAUCAUGCUUCAAAUUGCACAUGAACUAUUUUUCAGGCUGGUCCAUGCACAUGUAUAGAGUAAACACACAGGCGGUGGCUCUCUCAAAAAUGUGGUCGACUCUUUUAACUGAAGGACUACAGCUGCUAUAUUGAGCGUUACAAUUUUUUCCCAUUUAUUUUCAUAUGAGUGAACCGUCUCCUUCCCUUUAAUCUCUGAUGUAGUUAUGUACACGCACAAUUCAAACCUCUACCUCCAUCCAAAAUUACAGACACUUUCAGUAAUUAUCCAUAUUGUAUUAUUUUAUGAUUUGCCAAUCAGUUAUUUUUCUAGCAGAAAUGAGGGUCCAGUGAAUGAAGAGAACAAAGACAACCAGACAUACAUUUCCCUUAACUGUAGUGUAGAUGAGUGGUAUAUUUUAAACAACUGUUGUAUUUUACUCAUGUUCCUAUUCAAGUUUAUUGAAAUAUCUAUUAUAUGUUUGUAUAAAAUGUGUAUAGUUUUCAUAUGAACUUGUUUUGCUUGCUGUGUGCUUAUGAUGAGACCACGUCACUAUUAAAGCCUGUCCUAUAUUAUCUAAGGA